UAGGGACAGCGUUGCUAAAAGGUUACCUGUGGUCGAAUGGGAUUAUCUUGACGUAGGUAUCCCUUUUGAAGAUGACGUAUUGAUUAAUUUUUAAAUUUGUUGACGGGUGAAUUGAUAAUUUGUAUUGGCGAAAACUCCUUGUGAUACUUUAAAUAGACAUGUAUUCUUAAUAUACACCCUCGUCCCCAGGGUUUUUUGCCUGUUUGGAAUGUGUUUUUACUCAUAUCAAAAAAUCAAAAAACCUUGGGGACGAAGGGGUCUUAACAUAAUAAUUUGAAACAGACAUGUUUUGAAAACAGUUGCCGAAGCAAGUAAAACUUGACAGAAAUCGAGCUUUUCCGGUGUUUUAAAGAUUUCUUACAAAGAAAAGUGUGCAUUUACACUGUUGAAACCAUCCUCCUACGUGGUGAGUGUUCAAUUUUUAAAGGAUACGGCGUAAAAGUGGAAAAGUAAAAUUUUGGUUUCAUUAAUACGGAAGCGGUGAAAAUGAUGAACAAUCUUAUCAUGGUGCUUCAUUCUGUACUUGCCAUACUUACGGUGAUCACUACCCAAACAUACGCACAAAAAGGUGUAAUAAGAUCUCUGGGAUACGCUGCUUUUUUCCGAAGAAUUGUCUCAAACAGAAAACUGAACAUGACACCAUUUACAGGUUACAGUAAUUGUAGUUUCAGAGAUUGUGGAAAAUACUGUGUUUAUAACAUACCAUGUGAAUCUUUUAACUUCAAGACUUCAACAAAACAAUGUGAAUUGUUGUCUGUGGAUAGAAACAGCAAAGCAGAUAAUAUUACUUUUAUAAAUGCAACUGGAUGGGCAUAUUAUGAUACCGGAUUCAACAUUCGACAUCCAAACUGGAGGAACAAAUACUUAUACAACAUAUCGUGUCCGGUUAACAAAUGUGACAAAUGUACAUGCCUUCAACCACCAGAAGAAAAAACACACCAGUGUGAUUGCUAUUCAAAAGAGGGAUUGGUUAAAGUAGCAGCUGGUAACUGGUGCUGGUAUGCAAAUGGAACGUGCUCUGUCAGUGAUGGCGACAAAAUCGUUAUCAGACCUUUUGAUAAAAACGAUGUUGGUCAACAAUUUAUGUAUGAUGGUCAAAAAGAUGUUUUUCACAAAUGCUCACAGAAAAGAGUUUGUUUUAUCAACGAUAUCUUGGUCGUUAAUGAGACUUGCUCGAACCGUUGGUUAAUGACUGACUAUUUAGGGAUAGCUCCAAGAUAUGAAUUCUGUCCUUACCCACUUAAUGGAUUGCUCCAAUAUGAUAAUCAACUGGUUCGUGGCAGAGAUAAAUGUACUUUAUAUAAAGGAAUCCAUAGAUUCCAAAACGGAGUUGAUGGAAGAAUUCAGGUUAAACUGUUUAAGAACAUAUACUCCCUGCAUGGUCUUACUUCCAGUUCCAAAUUUCCAAACAACGCUGAUGUAGUGGCAUGGUUUCAUCAAUUUUGGGCAAAGUCGUAUGGUAAUGCAUUAAACAAUUUUGGCCGUCAACUUAAAACAAUAUUCGUUCCUCCAGAAACUGGCUCAUAUAUCUUUUAUAUGGAAGCUGACCACAGAGGAAAGUUAUACAUAACUCAUCCUAACUCUCCGCAAAAUUUGCUUAUAAAAACUUUCGAAUUCACAACAUACAUAUCAGCUCCUCAGUCUUUGCUUGCUUUUGAAAAGUACAUUAUUGAAGCAAUAAUGUGGGAGGACACCCUACAUGAUCACAUAAUAGUUGGUGUUAAAUUCCCUAAUGGCCGAGUCGAGCAUCCUAUCACGGAAAAGUACCUGUUACCUCCUAAUUGAAGGUUAUUGCUUUAAAACUCUAUAAUAAAUAUUUAAUAAGACUUGCACGACUCAAAUUUAUACCAACAUGACUAAUCCUAGAAGCAACUGGUUGAAAUAUCUAUACCGUUUCUCACCGAUGAUGCUUUGGGGGUCAAGCCUGGUCUUUCAUUAAAUACAUAGCUAUCUUCAGAAAUUGACCAACACGAUGCAGAAAGUUCCUCAUAAUUUUAUUUCAUUUCAUUUCCAAUGAGGUUACAUUGAAAAAAGAAAAAAACAAAAACAAAACUAACGCUUAAUGUUAAAGCAAAGGAAAGUGUUUACAUCACAACUUACCUUGAUAGCUCCUAAUGCUGGUGGUAUGCAACAGGGGUAUUGUAGGAGUUUACUUUACAUUUACAAAAUAACGCCGACAGGAAUUGUUUUAGAUAGGGCGUUAAAAUGAACAGACAUUCUGUCACUAAAGUAAUUUUUAUAAAAUGAUUUUUGCGAAUUACUUAAAUAAAAGAGAAAAAAUCUAAUUUAUAAAUUUUUGAAUGUAAGGAAACUUUUGCCAAGAUAUCAGGAAGUUGAUUAGACCGUACCUUUACUACUAACUGAUGACCCACGAGCAAAUUUUCUCCCAGAUUGGAUUGAAACUAUCCGACCCUUUUAAUAAUUUCUGCGAGUUUCAAUUUUAUGAUUUUACUAAUUGAAUGUGUGCAUGAUUAAAUGUUGUGAAGUAUUUUAAUUUUAUUUUGAUGGAGUAAUAUUUAUAGGGAAUCGUCAUUGUCAAAAGUGUAGUAAGUAACAAAAAUAAUUUUAGGUU